AUUAAUUAAGAUAGUAAAUAGAUUAAUAGAAGAUCGUGGCGGAGUCUCUGAAAGUCCCAAGCGAGAAAGAAAAGCACGACAGGGCGCCCUUCUGCGUCUCCAUUUUUCAGUUUAGCCUUUUAGGGGUCUCUGCGAUACUGCUCAUUCACAAUCCAAUUCGAAGAGACCCUUUUCGCCUUUCGUAUCAGCGACUUCAAUUUCGGAGUUAAUUUCAUAUUAGGAAAAUGGAUGGAUCGGUUGGCCGUGGGGGCACCAGUGCGGAUGCUUAUUUACCCAAUUACAAGCUUGGAAAAACUCUUGGUAUUGGUUCUUUUGGAAAGGUCAAGAUUGCAGAGCAUGCAUUAACUGGCCAUAAAGUUGCCAUCAAGAUCCUCAACCGGCGCAAGAUAAAGAACAUGGAAAUGGAAGAGAAAGUGAGAAGAGAGAUCAAAAUACUGAGACUGUUUAUGCAUCCUCACAUUAUACGACUCUAUGAGGUCAUUGAAACACCAUCAGACAUUUAUGUUGUGAUGGAGUAUGUGAAGUCCGGAGAGCUCUUUGAUUAUAUAGUAGAGAAGGGUAGGCUGCAGGAAGAUGAAGCUCGUAACUUUUUUCAGCAGAUAAUCUCGGGCGUAGAGUAUUGUCACAGAAACAUGGUUGUUCAUAGAGAUCUAAAGCCCGAGAAUUUGCUUUUGGAUUCCAAAUGCAAUGUGAAGAUUGCUGAUUUUGGUCUGAGCAACAUAAUGCGUGAUGGCCAUUUUCUCAAGACAAGUUGUGGCAGCCCAAACUAUGCUGCUCCAGAGGUCAUUUCUGGCAAACUGUACGCUGGGCCUGAAGUGGAUGUGUGGAGUUGCGGAGUCAUACUAUAUGCUCUUCUUUGUGGCACCCUUCCAUUUGAUGAUGAAAACAUUCCCAACUUGUUUAAGAAAAUAAAGGGUGGGAUAUACACUCUUCCUAGUCAUUUGUCACCUGGUGCAAGAGACUUGAUACCAAGGAUGCUUGUAGUUGAUCCAAUGAAAAGAAUGACCAUCCCUGAGAUUCGUCAGCAUGCAUGGUUCCAGGCUCAUCUUCCUCGUUAUUUAGCUGUUCCUCCACCAGACACAAUGCAACAAGCAAAAAAGAUUGAUGAGGAAAUUCUUCAGGAGGUGGUUAAGAUGGGAUAUGACAGGAACCUUCUAGUUGAAUCCCUUCGUGGCAGAGUACAAAAUGAGGGAACUGUUGCAUACUAUUUGUUAUUGGACAACCGUUUCCGUGUAUCCAGUGGCUAUCUUGGAGCUGAGUUUCAGGAGACUGUGGAUUGUGGUUUCAACCGUAUGCAUCAAAGCGAGGCUGCUGCUUCACCUGUUGGGCACCGCCUUCCAGGAUAUAUGGAAUAUCAAGGAAUGGGUUUCAGACCACAGUUCCCUGUUGAAAGGAAAUGGGCUCUUGGGCUUCAGUCUCGAGCGCAUCCUCGUGAAAUAAUGACAGAAGUCCUUAAAGCUUUACAAGAAUUGCGGGUUUGUUGGAAGAAGAUAGGGCACUACAACAUGAAGUGUAGGUGGGUUCCUGGAACUCCUGGUCAUCAUGAAGGCAUGGUUGACAAUUCAUUGCACAGUAACCAUUAUUUUGGCGAUGAAUCCAGCAUCAUUGAAAAUGACGGUGGCAUGAAGACGCCAAAUGUGGUCAAGUUUGAAGUGCAGCUCUUCAAAACUCGGGAGGAGAAGUAUCUGCUUGAUCUUCAGAGGGUUCAGGGCCCCCAGUUUCUCUUCUUGGAUCUUUGUGCUGCUUUCCUUGCACAACUUCGGGUCCUUUAAAGCUAGAGCGCCAAGUCUCCCCAACAAAGUCCUUUGUGAAUCUGUCGUGAUGCUUGUGAAAAAAAAAAUGAAAAAAAUAACUUGUACCGUGUAUAUAUUAAUCUGUCUUUGGGCCACUUUUUACUAUUUCUCAUCUUAUUCCCAGUUUUAUAUGGGUUUGUAGCUCUUCUUGUAUUGAGCCAGUAUUCUACACUGGCAUUGGCCACGGUCAUUUCUAGUUUUGGUUUUAAAGUGGUCUGUUCUGUCCUGGAUUUUGCUCGUUAAACCAACACGCAAAUCUGUGUGAAAGAACUAACCUCUCUUUGGAGCAUGCUCUAUCUAAUGCAAAUUUUCCUUUUCAUAUUUA